AAAAGAAAGAAAAAGAAGGGGAGAAGGAAAGAGAACGGAAGAGAAAGAAAAAAAAUACGAGAAAUAAUAGAUCUUUUGGAAAGAUGUCCUUCUUCCUAGAAAUCUUUUUGUACAGAUAGGUGUAUCUUAUUAUCUUAUCAAAGUAUGAGUUAUAAUCAGAGGGUGCUGAGUCAACAAGUUUAAAUGCAUUACAGACCAGGCUACUCCUUGUUUCCUAAGCACAUGCCACCUUUUCACAUCCCUGUUCCUUUUCCCUGGUGUUAUUUCUACAAUACUCUAUCUUUUAAUGGCUCUUGUCAUAUUCUGUCUUAUAGAUUCAUCUUUGUAUUUAUCUGUAAUGUUAAGUAUUUACUUACAACGUUAAGGAACAGGUCUAUGUAAUUUGGGGCAAUGCAUUUCAUUUAACUGGGCCUCACUAUGCACAUCUGUAAGUGGGAAAAUGAUAACCACCUUGCUGAAACAGUGUAAGAAUUUUAUGAAGGAGUGUAUGACAUGCUUGCCAGAAAAACUAGCAUGUGGCCAUAAUUCGAUAUCCUUGUUGUUGUUACCACUACUGUUAUUAAUAUUCCCUUUUCUGCAGUUCUUCCAACAACAUUCUUCUUGGGGUCCUAGGCUGAUCUCAUUGAGUCCAUUAUCUCCUCAAGCAACAAACACAAACGCAGUGACUUUUCCAUAAUAGGAACUGAAUAAAAAGUAUAUUGAAUCUUCUUGUGCAAGUCCGUAGGGUCUGUUACUUCCUAACAGAGAUCCUUACUUUGUUACCUGGGAGUUUAGAAUAGUGGCUGCUUGUGGCCAGUGCCGCAUUCUCAUUCGGGUUCCCCACGGACCCCACAACCACUGAGGAUUGCUCUUCUCAGCAUCCCCAGAAGUGUCAGCUUAUAGUCCUGGCCCAUAUGAUUAAUGAGCUUGUUAUACCUCUGUCUGUAGCCUGAACUAGAAACUUUCACUUUGGAGAGCAGGUCAAGAUAUUGAAUUUAAUUUUAGUUGUAUCUGUUAUAAGCCAAUUGUGUAUUCAUUACAUUUAUAGAUUCCCUCUCCAGCCGUAUAUUUUCAUGGCUGUUGAGAGCACCUGACUCUGUGUUGAAUGUCCUUAGAUUUUCCUUUGGGGACCUGAAAAUGAGGCAGUGAGGCAAUUUUGAUAGCUAGCUAUCAUCUUUGGCAUUUUUUUCCCUUUAUAUCUAAUCUGGUCUGUUUGAAGAAGGGGGCCCAUUUAGGCUUUUUAUCUAACUUGAGUAUGGCAUGGUCAUUCUGUUUGAGUCAUGGCUAUGGUCAGUGCCAUUCAUCUACACGUUUCUGUCUGUCCUGGCAUGCAACCACAUUCUGUGGCAAGGGGAAACUUCUGAAAAAUGGAAGUGAGAAAAUAACCGGAGGCUGGCCAGGGUAAAGAACCAGCAUUAAAUACACAGGUUCAGCUGUAGUGCCGUGGCGUGCAAGGUGGACUCAGGGUAUGUACGGACCUCACUGGUCCUUCGAGAUUCCAUCGAAUGAUGAGAACAUGUUAAAGGAGCAGAUCACAUGACCGUGGCCGCAAGAGAGUGACAGCAGGGUAUGCUCAAGUCAGAAAGAAUGUUGCAUCUUACCCAGCCAAAAGUUCCAUUUCUUUCCGAGUGUGCUAGUAUUCCAGAGGGGAAAGGGUCACAUAUAGUAGAACUGGUAAUUCAAUAAAGGGCUCUGACUUUGCCAGAGUAAUGGGGUUGGCAUCAAGAGAAGAAAGUUUUGCAGAUUUCUGUGUGUGCACUUGCUGUUACUGGUGUUCCUGGUGGGUGGCUGAAUCAUCCUGAUGGUAUUCAACAGGAACCAGCUGCUGAGAAUAUUAAAAUGCAAGCAUUUAUUCCUCCAGAGAGACAGUAGCAUCUGCAGAGUUUCCUAUCUUGAUAGUACAGAUAAUCCCAGGGAGCAUUCUCUAGUAGUUUUAACUUUCUAUUUAUUUAUACUAUUUUUUUUCAUCAUUAUUGUCAGUAUCUUAAGUUCUAACUGGAGAGAAGAAUGCCUGAGUCCACACCAGGUUGUAGAGACAGAUAGUAAGCACUUAGCCCGGGACACGGUAUAGCCUCUGGGGCUUUACCCUGAAUUUGGAUUCUCAAGAGGAAAAAUGGGCAUUGCCCUCCCUUGGCCCGUCUUCACGGCAAAGAGCCGCCCAGAAUCCUAGUCCUCAGUGAGCCACACCGGCAGGAAGGAAAAGCCUCAGACCUCCCCACUCUCAAUGCAGGCUUCUUCUUUGGAGCUUUCCCUUUUACUCAUAAAAAAUGUGAAUUUGUUGCUUUCCCUGUGUGAUUUGUUGUUGUUGCUGUUGUUUUGAGCUAGCAUCAACAGUUGGGGGAAAUGGAGGUGCAGAAAGGCGGUUUGGACUCAGUAAUCUACUAGGUCUUUUCCAUCUCUAAUAUUUAUGAAUAAUGUAUUGAACUGAUGGAAAAAUGUUGAAUAUGUUCAUUAUGAAUUAUAUUCACCGGCGUGUUGCCUGGAAUAUAAAAGAGCAAAGCCGUUGCAGCAUAACUAGUUCCUUACAAUAAAUGUACUGGUACGACAGAGCUCUGUGUCCCUUCCUGGCCCAUUGUGUGUCAUCCCCACGCACACACUCUCCACGUCUGAGUGGCAACUGCAGGCUGGGUACCUGAUGGGAUGACAGCCAGCAAGGUUCUGAGGACACGGAGGCCACCCUCUGCGAAGCCUGGGUCCUAAACAGAAGCAGCUUUCUUGAUUAUUUUGAUAGUGCUGUGUCCUCCAGGAGGACUCACCGAAGCUGGCUUCGCACAGCAGAUGGUGCUUAGGGGCUAGUGUGCUGCAGGGGUGAGAGCUCUUAUCACCAAAAAAUAAACUCAUAAUUCUGUCCCUUCGUUAAAAUAAAACAAAACAAAAAAACCUUCGUAUGGAUAACCACUUUGUCAGCUGUAUUACAUUCUGAUGAUAUAAAUGAGUGAGAACGGCAGAUAUUUCAGAAUUAAGUAACUUACUACAUUUAACUUCAAAAUUCAUUAUCUAUGUUCUUCCCUCUUGGUUUUCUUUCACAAUUAUGUUUUGUUGAGGUUGUAUUAAAAUAAAAUUGUAUUCCCUACAAAUGUACCAGAUAACAUUGGGAAACAUUAACCAGAAUCAUGAGAAGUGGCAAGAAACCUAACAUAGUUUUAUUCCCACAAAUAGUCAACAAAAGAGGUAAUAAGGAGUUAAAAAAAAAUACCAAAAUAGUCUUUCCCUGGCCAAAUAACAGUCAGGCCCUUUUUUUUUUUAAUCAAAUACAGCACCGUAAGUGACAUGCAAAUAUGUACCAAAAUAGAGAAAGACUGUCUAAGGUCAGGACUUAGAGGAUGCAGCCUUAAUGUACAGUGGAGAGCAGCAAGUUGAAGCAGAAAGAGACAGCGGAAGCUCUGACCCCCAUUUGGGAUGCCAAGAGAACAACAAGUGUAUCGAUGAGCAGAUCCCGCCUCCAGAAGCCCUCGCUCCUGUUGUAUCCCUUCACAGCUCUGGACUAGCUCUUGUGAAACGGGAGUCCGAGACCUCACUUGUACCAACUUCCAUGAGGGACAUUAACUCAAAUCCACUGUCCCAGCUUUAUUUAUCACUAUUUUGUUUAUUUUAUUUAUCUCUAUUUUGGAGGUAAUUUUUUUUUCUUAUGCCCUCUUGAGAACUAAAACCCAUUAGAGCCCAUGAAGAGCAAGGAUAAACAUACAGCAGCCACAUUUAUCAAUUGUUUAUAAUAAUCUCAGAGGGAACAGAUAGUAAGGAAAUAUGAGAAAGAGAAGAAAGAGUUAAACUUUUUUUGGAAAAUUGCCUUGCCCCACCUUUCAAUCAGGUAGCCUGAAAACAACAGUGGCUGCCUGAUUCCAGAGUGAUAUAACAUUGAGAGCAGUUGUGAUGGUGGGGGAGGGUCCCCCAGCUCCACCUUUCCUAACAGGACAAAUCAUUUAACCCAGCUAUGUAAUACUGCAUUUGUCAAAUAAAUAGAAAACCAUCUAUCCUCAUCUCCCUCACAGCGGUAUUGCUAAGGCUGAUUGUACACAUGUAUAUAAAUGUAUAUAUUAUAGUUAUCUAUUUACAGCAGGGGAGAAUGAUUUAAAAAUAAACAAAUCGGGAUUUCAUAUAUGCAACUGUUGUGAAGGUCAAUCACUUUUUUUUUUAAAGACCUUCUUAGCUAAUUACCAGUUGUUAAAACACUUGCAAAUGAUGACUGAGCCUCUAUCACUUCUGUGAAAUGGAAGACUUUUGGAAAUCUAAGCAUAUUUAUAGAGAUUCAAACACAUUUCUAUCUACUUAUGGACCCGUGUGGCCUUACUAAAGGCAGUACAAGCCUACUAAGCAAAACAAAUGAUUAGCUUUGCCAAUAGAUACAGUAAAAAGAAAAAAAAAAAUCCUAAAUCAAGGUAUAGUAUAAAAGUACAAUUCUGGCUGUAAGAAUGAACUUGUUCUCUAUAUUAGACAGUUAUUUUUUAGAAAAUGGGACAAGGAUAAGGAGAGGAUAAGCUUUAACCUAUACAGACAUUCUAGGCAUCUGCCCAGGCUAUGGGUCUGUCCCAAUGAGAGUCAGACUUAGUUUAUAUAAAGCCCCUAAGAUCAUUGGAAAAGAGGCCACUUUCAUCUAUUUUGUACUGCUACUGUACUUUUGGGUUCAUUUUGCUUCUUUUUCAAUCUCUGCUUCCUAUACAUAGACCUCAGUGGAAUGGCAAUGACUUGGCGGGUGGCGGGGAGGGAGACAGGUGAAGAUAAAUAAAUGUGAAUUGUUAACAUGAUAGGUACCCUCUGCUAGCUUUUCUCUGGUCCGUUACAAGCAUCCAGGAAAGAGAAACUGGCUUCCAUGGAAAGUGAAGUCACAGUUCCAAUUUAGCACAAUAAGGAGAGAGAGAGGGAGAAAACAAACUGAAACAAGGAGUUUCUACUGGGCUAUGACUAGGUUCUCCUGUUUCUUGUAUUUUUCCCCAAACUGAAAAGAGUCAUUGUGGUAAUUCACCUGUGCUUUGAGCCUGUGUGCACUUGUUCAAGAACUGCUCAAGGUAAGGCCAGAAAGAUAUCCGGGACAAGACUUACAUCCAGGGAACUCCGCUUCUUUUUAGUAACUUCUGCUUGUUUUGUUGUGUGUGUGUCCGUGUGUGCAUGUGUGUGUGUGUGUGUCUGUGUGUGUGUCUGUGUGUUUUCACAGAAAUUUGUGUUUUCAGAAACUAUGUUUCAAUUCCCAGACAUUGAUAUCCUGGGCAUCUUUGGGUUGUGACAGAAGUGGGGAUUAGUGCCUGUGACAAAUGUAGCAGAAGCCAGUGCCAUUGCAAUCUAUCAAACAUGUUGGCAGACCCAAGAUUUUUCUCAUCCUUGCUGCAGGAUUCAUUUGCGUCCUUACCCUAGGAAGAGAGGAUCGACUGAGAGUUUUGAGAGCAGGAGUGCACCUUUCUUAAUUUUGGUCUUGGUAAUUAUGGGACUGCCUUGGCUUAGUGUAAACAGUAACUGGAAUCAGGACCACCUUCCUGGGAGGUACAACCUGCACAGUUGCUCAUGGUCCCAUGAUUAGGAGGGCCAUGUGCUUGGUUUAAUGCUCUGCUGUUGCUGUCUUGAAAUUCUUAAUGGUUUUUGAAUAAGGGGCCCCACAUUUCCAUUUUGCCUUGAGCCCUACAAAUUAUGUAGCUGGUCGUAUGUGGAAUUUCAAUUUUCCUGGCAUACCCACUGAAGGUAACAGGCACAUGUCUUUUCUUACUGAAAAUGAUCCUCUUUUGAGUCAUCAGAAGCUAAUUCUUGUGUUAAACUUGGAAGAUUUCUGUCCAUAUAAUGUGGUUCCGAAGAACCCAUCACUCUUUCCAUCCUCCAGACAACUUGAGAUGAUUAUAAUCAAGAUGGUCUUGUCUUGUAAUCAGAAACUCAGUAGUAGUUGUCUCAGCCAAGUAUCUUUUCACUAGAGGUUGAUACUUGGAAGAAAUAGUUGUGGUAGUGAAGUCUUUGCCCUUUAUUGGGUGAUUAAAAUAGGUGUCAACCAUUGCGUUAAGACUGAAAAAAGAACAUGGAACAUUUAGGUUAUCUUAGACUAGGACUUCCCAAGCAUUAUGCUAUUAGACACAACAGAGUAUUCUAAAAACAAGUUGAUCUCCCAGCUCUGACCCUGGGCUUCUGUCUCUUAGACUCCCACCGUUGCAGGCCACUAUAGCUCUGUGUCCUGUCCUUCUUACUUCCUGUCUUGCCUUCAGCCCAUAGCAAUCCUUUCAUCGUUCUUGCUGCAAAUUGGCAUCAGAGGGAUGAAGUUCCUCUCUUUAGUCUAUUUAAGGCACCUAAUAAUAGUGAUUUUUGCUAAAUUUUGUACAUACACACCAACCCCUGUUACCACCUCGAGGAGUGUGAACGACAGAAUUUUAAGAUGGGUCUGGACUAGACCCCAUGGAGAUUCAUGGACCUGUCCACAGUGACAGUUGUUAGAACCAGGAUUUCACCAGAAGAACCCAAGUCUCCGGAGUCUUAGCCAGAUGCAGCCGCUCUCUGUUCCCUGCCCCAAUGAACAUCUGCACUAGGCCCAAGCCUUGGAGUGAUUUACCUGAAGAGUGACACCAUUUAUUUGGAAACUACUAUGAGGAAACUGAAGCCCAGAGAGGUGAAGUGAGGUGCCCAAGGCCACACAGCAAGUUAGAGGCACAGCUAGUACCAUAGCUCAAGUCUCCUGACUCCCAGUCCAGUGCUCCUCCCAUUACUCCACGGGUCCUGUCUCUAAGCUUCCUGACAAAUGCUAGAACGGAAGAAACCCAAGACAGCUGAAAACCAGAAGGCAUCUGAGGAGAAUGAGAUUACUCAGCCGGGUGGAUCCAGCGCCAAGCCGGGCCUUCCCUGCCUGAACUUUGAAGCUGUUUUGUCUCCAGACCCAGCCCUCAUCCACUCAACACAUUCACUGACAAACUCUCACGCUCACACCGGGUCAUCUGAUUGUGACAUCAGUUGCAAGGGGAUGACCGAGCGCAUUCACAGCAUCAACCUUCACAACUUCAGCAAUUCCGUGCUCGAGACCCUCAACGAGCAGCGCAACCGUGGCCACUUCUGUGACGUGACGGUGCGCAUCCACGGGAGCAUGCUGCGCGCACACCGCUGCGUGCUGGCAGCCGGCAGCCCCUUCUUCCAGGACAAGCUGCUGCUGGGCUACAGCGACAUCGAGAUCCCGUCCGUGGUGUCGGUGCAGUCGGUGCAAAAGCUCAUUGACUUCAUGUACAGCGGUGUGCUGCGCGUCUCGCAGUCGGAAGCCCUGCAGAUCCUCACGGCCGCCAGCAUCCUGCAGAUCAAAACAGUCAUCGAUGAGUGCACGCGCAUUGUGUCGCAGAACGUGGGCGAUGUGUUCCCGGGGAUCCAGGACUCGGGCCAGGACACUCCACGGGGCACUCCUGAGUCGGGCACAUCGGGCCAGAGCAGCGACACCGAGUCGGGCUACCUGCAGAGCCACCCGCAGCACAGCGUGGACAGGAUCUACUCGGCGCUGUACGCAUGCUCCAUGCAGAACGGCAGCGGGGAGCGCUCCUUCUACAGCGGUGCGGUGGUCAGCCACCAUGAAACUGCGCUCGGCCUGCCCCGUGACCACCACAUGGAGGACCCCAGCUGGAUCACGCGCAUUCACGAGCGCUCGCAGCAAAUGGAGCGCUACCUGUCCACCACCCCCGAGACCACGCACUGCCGCAAGCAGCCCCGGCCAGUGCGCAUCCAGACCCUGGUGGGCAACAUCCACAUUAAGCAAGAGAUGGAGGACGAUUACGACUACUAUGGGCAGCAAAGGGUGCAGAUCCUGGAGCGCAACGAGUCCGAGGAGUGCACGGAAGACACCGACCAGGCGGAGGGCACUGAGAGUGAGCCCAAGGGCGAAAGCUUCGACUCGGGCGUCAGUUCCUCCAUCGGCACUGAGCCUGACUCGGUGGAGCAGCAGUUCGGGCCCGGGGUGGCGCGGGAUGGUCAGGCCGAACCUGCCCAAGCCGAGCAAGCCACGGAAGCUCCUGCCGAGGGCGGCCCACAGCCGCACCAGCUAGAGACAGGUGCCUCCUCCCCGGAAAGAAGCAACGAGGUGGAGAUGGACAACACGGUCAUCACUGUCAGCAACAGCUCCGACAAGAGCGUCCUGCAGCAGCCUUCUGUCAACACGUCUAUCGGGCAGCCAUUGCCAAGUACCCAGCUCUACUUACGCCAGACAGAAACCCUCACCAGCAACUUGAGGAUGCCUCUGACCUUGACCAGCAACACACAGGUCAUUGGCACAGCCGGCAACACCUACCUGCCGGCCCUCUUCACUACCCAGCCCGCGGGCAGUGGCCCCAAGCCUUUCCUCUUCAGCCUGCCACAGCCCCUGGCAGGCCAGCAGACCCAGUUUGUGACAGUGUCCCAGCCUGGCCUGUCGACCUUUACUGCACAGCUGCCAGCGCCACAGCCCUUGGCCCCAUCUGCAGGCCACAGCACAGCCAGUGGGCAGGGCGAAAAAAAGCCUUAUGAGUGCACUCUUUGCAACAAGACUUUCACCGCCAAACAGAACUACGUCAAGCACAUGUUCGUACACACAGGUGAGAAGCCCCACCAAUGCAGCAUCUGUUGGCGCUCCUUCUCCUUAAAAGAUUACCUUAUCAAGCACAUGGUGACACACACGGGAGUGAGGGCGUACCAGUGUAGCAUCUGCAACAAGCGCUUCACCCAGAAGAGCUCUCUCAACGUGCACAUGCGCCUCCAUCGCGGGGAGAAGUCCUACGAGUGCUACAUCUGCAAAAAGAAGUUCUCCCACAAGACCCUGCUGGAGCGGCACGUGGCCCUGCACAGUGCCAGCAACGGGACCCCUCCCGCGGGGACACCGCCUGGCGCCCGCGCUGGCCCCCCGGGGGUGGUGGCCUGCACGGAGGGGACCACGUACGUCUGCUCCGUCUGUCCCGCCAAGUUUGACCAAAUCGAGCAGUUCAACGACCACAUGAGGAUGCACGUGUCUGACGGAUAAGUAGUACCUUUCUCUCUUUCUUACGAACAAAACGACAGAAAAGAAACAAACAAAAAAAAGCUAUGGCACUAGAAUUUAAGAAAUGUUUUGGUUUCGUUUUUACUUUCUGUUUUUGUUUUUGUUUCGUUUCAUUUUGUACUACAUGAAGAACUGUUUUUGCCUGCUGGUACAUUACAUUUCCGGAGGCUCGGGUGAAUGAGUUUUCCCAGCCUCCCUCGGAUGGUGGCCUUAAGGCCUGGUAGUGCUUCAGGAGGUCCACUGGUUGGAUCUCUCGCUACUGGCCUCUAAAUACAACCCUUCUUUACAAAAAAAAAAAAAACAAAAAAAAAAACAAAACAAAAAACAGAAAACAAAAAAACAAAAACAAAAAAACAAAAAAAUCUUUAAAAAAAAAGUAAAAAAAAUUUUUUUUCACUUGUGAAGAGCACUACAAAAAUAUAUAACAAAAUCUAAAAGGCCUACUGUCUUUAAGUACACCGCUUGCAGUGUUUCAGUGGACAUUUUCGCAAUUCUGGCCGCUUGGACUUCACAGUAACCAGUUAAAACUGUGGAAUAUCCCUUCUGGUUGAAAACCCAGAGGAAAGGCCCUGCUGUUUUCCACCUACCACAUUGUCUGAUUUCAUAAAAGGGCUGGGGGGCGGGGUUGGGAAGGGCAGUGGGUCCGGUGGUGUGGGGAAGGCAAGUGGCAGGCUUCUCCCCCAGAUUCUGCCCGCGUCCACGCACCCCGGCCCACCUCCUCCGUGUCCCCCCUUUCGGCAGAAGCCAGGAAGACUUGGACAAGCAUCAAGCAACAGUGGCUAUCGUAUUUAUUCAGUGUCUUCGCUGAGCAACAGCCUCAGCACAAUCAAGAGGGACUUUCAUGAAAGGCAGGAAUGCAGAUAAAACAAAGAUAUCAGAGGUUUGCACCUAUGUUUCUAGGUACAAGAGAAGGAUUAUUUCCCACAAUCUUUGCAAAAAACAAAAACAAAAAAAAAAGUGUCAGGAUAUAUUCUUGUGGAAGAGAAAAAGAAAGAGAAAUGGAGGGUGGGGGGAUAAUAAAAAGUUCUUGAGGCUUUUUUAAUUCAAAUUUUAUAGAGGGGCAAAAGUGACGUUUACCAGAUAGAAUGCUGAUUUUUUUAAUAUAUUUACAACAGUAUUUGUGUAAAAAAAAAAAAAGUGAGAUUGUUAAAAGUAAUUUUCUUUUUCAUUUUGGUUUUGCAUACACUGCCACCAAUCCCUUCUCUUUUAUUUUAUUUUAUUUCACACACAUAUAUAUAUUUUUUGGUAAGUCAAGACUGUUAAGGUUAGCGAUACUGCUUCCAGAUAGAAAGAAUCAAAGGCAAUUAAAGUUAUAUUUGAAAGAGAGGAAGGAUAUUUUCUUCAUAUUUUUUUUAAUUUUUUCUUAAUUUUUAUUAUUUUAAGUAUUGCCUGGGUUGAUGAGGGCCCCUGUGGCCAGCCCAUCCCUGCUGUAAUUUGAACUGCUGCUUUGUAUUUUGAUAUGUAGUUCUUUGACUUUUAGCAAGCUUAAGUUGCUCCACUGACUUUUUUUUUUUUUUUUCACCUGAUCCAUCUAGAAUUCUGUUCUUUUUCAUGGGAGGACUUUAUCUUUCAGAAACAGAUUUCUUGCUUCUCUAAAAGUUCAUUGAGGUCUUAUGAUUCCAGACUUUCUCUUGACUUGACUUCUUUUCUUGAAUGAAACACUAGUAGUCUAGAGGUCCUGACAAGUGGGUUUUCCUUUCGUGGGCAGCCAGGAGGAGGAGCUCAUGCCUCCUCACAGCUGCAGAGAGCAGAAGCCUGGUAUAGAUCAGGAAACCUUGAUGCCAAAAUUACUUUCUUCCUUUCAAAUACCACCUUCUGACUACUGCCACCUUGGUUGAGAGGGCUAAGUAGGAUGAUCCUCCUUUAGAGGAUAUAUUAACCCUUGCUUUCUGGAAAGGUUUUAAGGAAAUUAACAAAAAUUUCUCGGAUACCAACAUCCAUCAUUCAGAAGGCCACCAGUUCAUUGCAUCAUCCUAGAUGCCACUCUCUCUUCCUAGUUGGGAUUUCUCUCCUCGGUCCUAGUCAAAGUAUUGUAACAGGGAUUUUUCCAUUCUAGACAGUGUCCAGAAGGGACUGCAACUCAAAUAUGAGAAUUCUUAAACCUCACAAAAACUCCAAAGGUGAUUUUAUUGCUGGGCAUGGAUUAAUACUCUUAAGGGGGAAAAGGAAACCUUUAAACAAAGCAGAAACACCAAACUGUAAUUUUAAAAAAGAAGCAAAGACAGAAUUUUAAUUUCAAAAUUACUGUGCAUUUUAAUUUUUCUGUCAGCAACUUAUUUGCAAAAACUGUGCAACAAAUGAGGAGAAAUCUUCCAAGGGAAGCAACUCGAUAGUAACUAAAUUGGUUUUACUCAUAUAUUUUAGAUAUUGGUUAACUUGGAUCUUUUCCACAAGUUCUUGGUGAUGUUUGGUAGGGUUAGUGCAACUAGCAUGCCUGUGGGUUUUAUCUGGUCCUCUGAUCCUUAAUUCAGUAAAUAUUUUGCCAGCAGUUUAAUGUAGACUUGGAUGGUUAACUGAUGAUUGGGUAUCGCUCAUUGUGAUUUCUAAGAGGAGUCCUAUCAAGAACUAUGUGUCCAAAAUUGACUUGUUUUAAAAGUUAGUGGGAACCAGCUUCAAAAUUAAGAAAAGUCCAUUUUUCUCUUGCUAAUUCUGCUUUUUAAAAUAGCAGUGUUGUUAGGACUUUACUAUUUCCACUUACUACCAACAGAGGGAGCAUUAGUUAAUUAACCAUGUCCUGGGACUGUUUUGGUAUCUUGAAAGACAAGUCAUUCAACCCAUGAUAUAAAAAAGAAAAAACUGACAUUAAGGAAAAAAGUUGUUUAAUAUAGAGGGAAAAUGGCAUAAAAUCCCUCAGCAUAUAUUACAAAUGAAGAAGGCCAAAAGCCACUUUAAAAUAUUUUCAAAUUUUUGACGGUAGCUGACUUAAGAUCGUGUCCUUAUCCCAGCCUUCACAAAGUAAGGCAGAAUUCACAGUACCUCUAGAAAAGCUGAUCUUGGGUGCCAUUUUGGGCCGAAUUUUGGUAUCUGCUUCUCAAAUCAGAGGGAGAUCUAUUUGCCUUAAUGUUGAUUUGCCAUGUGAAAAGUGAAGCAAUUGGGUUCAAAUCAAAUCCACAUUUUGUUAUAGAACAUAUAGAGGAAAAAAAUUCCAGUUGGGUUUGAAACACUAAUAUUCAUCCUCUCCCUUCAAAUGAAAUAUCUCUUUUUUAAAAAUGUUGGAGAACUCCCAGAGAAUUCUUGGUAAGGUGAUGCAAUCUUUAUAACCACAUGGAUUCUCCAGGUUUGCAUAGCAGUAGACUUUGUCUUACCGUAUGUCUAUUCCUCUCAAACAUUCAUAGUCUAAAAUAGUUGAUAGACUUGUUCUCUGGAGAGAGGGAGCAGUUAGACUGCAGUGAAAGGUCUAAUCUGGGGAGCAGUGAACUUGCUGUGGGGUCAUUACUGUAUUUCUGACCUCCUGAAAGGGUGACUUUCCCAACUGAUAUAAACCAGACUAGACCUGUUUCAGAAGGAUAGAGAUGCUUUUAGAUUGCCAAUCCUUACUUUUAAAUUCAAUAAUUACCAACAUUUUAGGAAAUGGGGAAACAUAUUUUGCUUCAAGAAUAGAGGAUGAACAUGAAUCCUUUUAUUUUUUAGUUUCAAAUCCAACAAUCUUACAUUUAGAACUUCAUGCUAGGAUGCUAUGAGAGUGCUAAAAAAAAUUUUUUUUUCAGUAGUCAGGGGAAAAAAUAGAUAAAAUGGAAGCAAAUGUUCCAGAUUUAAGACCUCUUAAGAUGAAUACAGGGAAAAAAAACUGGUUUGGAAAAGAACCUUUUUUUUUUUUUUUUUUUUUUUGUAAUUUAUGAUUUAAAAGUAGGUUAGCUGAACAAGAGAAAGGAAAAAAAGUCAAAGGGGAAUAUUUAUGUCAACUCAUUUAGAUACAGUUUAUGAAAAAUAAAAUUUCCCAGUUCUGAAAACAUUGGUAGCGUCUUAGCGUGGUAGGCAACUUUCCCCCUAUUACUACAAUAAAUGCCAGUAUUUGUACCAAAAAAAAAAACCCCAAGUGGCAAAAUAUGGCCCCCAAAAAGGAAAGAAUUGGAACGGAUGGAUCUGAUACAAAUCUACAUGUGGGAAAAUGUUAAGAAGCCAGGAAAAAAUAGUUUGAAAUGGAAUUCUCAAUAUCAAAACGGUUUUUACUAUAUAUUUUAAUUGAGUUGUAAACUUUAGCUCCUAAUAAUAGUUUAUAGACUUUUUCCUGCCCAAACUCCUAACUCUCUGAAACUGUCUGUGCCAUGAGUAGAUGUGACAGAUAACUUCCUUCUUGUGUUCCAGCUCUAGUGCAUUCCUUCUUCAUAGGCAUCUUGGAGGUCACAGUAGCUCCCAGGCUUGGAAGAAAAGACUUGGAUUUGCUUUGUUGAAAAGUCAUGGGUUUUAUUUUGUAUCACCCCAAUAUUCUUUAAGGACCAAGAAAACUCUUUGGAACCCAUGAACAGUUAGAAUUUGUACAGUCUGAUAGGAGAAGAAAAAAGAUUUCCUUUGGCUAUGUGUUUCAAGUAAGUCCUAAUGCCUUGACCUACAUGUACCUUCAUCAUACAAGCAUACCAACAGUGUGUGCCCAGCUCUUACAUACCCCAAAUCUGUUUUCCCUCAGCAGUUCCCUCAAAUGAGGCGUGCUCCUUUUAAAAUCCCUCAGGUCCCCAACAGAACAUAAUAAAGGUUCAUGUUGCUUCCUAGAUGUGCUUCCUCCGUAAUGCUCCCAACACCUGUUGCCUUUAGGAAAGGGAGCAGUGAGCUAGAUCUGGCCAGGAUUCAUACUCAUCAUGCCCAUUCAGGAGCCUUCCUCUGUUGUUAUGGAAGAUGUUACUUAAUUAGCUGAGGCUGGGAGAAGAGGGUAUGUGAUUCUGUGGAGAAGGUAUCAGAUAACCAAAUCAGGUCUGCUUCUGCUAUGCAAAAAGAAACAAAACGGAAGGUACAACGUAAGAGCAUACACAACCUGAGAUGCCCUUGGGCUUUGGGAGAAGGGAGGGUGCCCUUUUGCUGCGACCUGACUCUUAAAAGAAAUCUCCUGAAAGAAUUCUUUAAUUUAGUAAUGAGUUGAAGUCCAGGGUAAUGGAAGCCGUGGGGAAGAGAACAAAAGGACUGUGAAGUGUAUUCAGCACCCAAUAAUGCGAAACCAAAAAACAUCCAAUCGCAACACUAGGAAGUUUGGCAAGAAGUAUUUAGAGAAAUCUCUGGGCUUUCCAUGGGUAGUGGGGUCGACAGACUUUCUUUUGAGUGAUUUCUGGCUCUGAGAAACCUCUUUACUCACUAGAAAAGAACUUUCUUUAAAUGGCCAAUUUUAUCCCCCAGAAAAAGAAAUUUAAAAAAAAAAUAAAAUAAAAAUAGGACACUAAAGACAGAACCAUGUGACCUGGUAACAAACAAAAGGAAGGGCGCACUAGAAUUUCAAUAGACUCCCUAAUUCCCUAGAAAAGACAAGGCAACCCAACGCCUCUCCAUCUGCAGUGGCUUGAAGAAAGUGCUUGCGCUCACCCAGCCACCCCGAGGCUUUCUGAGGCUCCACAUAACUUCCCCAUUGGGAUGUCAGCAGCCCCUUUCUCUUCGUGUUGACAUGAAUUAAAGGACUGUUCUCUUAGGUGCCCAGAAAAUAGAUUGCAUGGGGCCAACAUUCAAAAGCUAUCUCUACCCUGGUGCCCAGGCAGCAUAUGGUGACAGAAAAGGGACACAGAAGAGCUCUUGCUCUCGAGUAAGAAUAUUCUCAUCAAUAUCACCAAGGGCUCUGUGUAUGGGGUUGCCAUUUCUAAGACCGCUUGUACCUCCACGAGAGGAAAAGCUGUGGUGACUCAGUGUUCAUAUAAACACAAAACGUGGAAGUGACUAACCCAAAGUAUCAUUUCUAGCACUAGGGACUAAGGUGAUUAGCCUAACCAAAACUCCCCAAAGAUUUUUCUAAGUCUCCGAAUACAUUUUUCCCCCUGGAACACUGAAUCCACAAUGGUUAGCAGUGUACAGUGACAGCUCCCAGAAAACGGUUUGGAACACCAGGGUUUGUUUUCAGUUCUUUUUAGGAUGAAGAAGUAGGGGAUAAGGGCUGUAUAGCAUGGGUUCUUUUUCAGAACUAUAAAGUUCACUGAAAAAGCGGUAAAAAUAUGCCCCGGGUUGAAACAACCUACUGCAACCCCUGGAUUCCAGUGGUUCCUCAGACCCAGCCUGUGGCUCCAUAAACUGAAUCCCUUCAGACUAAAAUCUCAUCUGAAGUGACCUCAGUUGAGAGAUUUUCACCAGAAGCUACUUAGAGUGAAGAAUUAUUGCCUUAAGUCAGAAAGCCCAGGGAAGAGAGCAGAGAACAGAGAGGUUGGAAGAAUGUGAAAACACAGACAUUUCUUGUUUUUAAUGGUUGCAUCGUCCUCAAAACGAGCCCUCUUCAUGAGUGAAGAUGAUGGAAACAGUGGCUUUGCAGAGACGCAUUGCACUUGUCUGGAACGGACAGUUCUCAGGAAGUGGUUGCCCCUUUUUCAUAGCCUACUUCAGUGACAGAGGUCUGGGCUGCGUGUAAAAUAGGCAUCAUAUUAGUCAAAGGGUAAAUCCCAUAAGACAUGAUCACAGGUGCCUGGGAUGUCAGUUUUCAUCAUUUCCUUCAUAGGGAGAACAGUCUCUACAAAAAGCUUUCUUUCCCUAUACACUCUAUAUUUCUAAACUCACUUUUCCACAGUUUUCCUGAGUGUCUACUUUAUCUGGUGGUUCUUUGUUUAAAUGCAAACUGACAACUUUCAAAUCUUCAAGGAAGGAGCACAAUCUGCAGAUCAUAGAGGAAAUCUAGCCACAUUUAUGGGAGUCCUGACUUUUGAGAUCCCUAAUUAGGGUAUAAAAAGUCCCUACUAGCCCUCUUUCAAAUUCAGGGCUUCCUUUGGUUCAGAUGCCUCCAUGAGAUUCUGAUACACCUAAAAUAGAAAAAAAAAAAAAAUUAACCCCAUCUGAGACAUCUGUUCCUACUAUUGUUACAACAGAAGGUUGUUAUUGCCCAGCAAAAUCAUUGUAAUUUAUAUGUAGAUUCCAGUAAUAAAGAGGACUUAACCCAGCUAAUAAGUCACAGCUGCUGUCCAAAAUGUCCAUAAACGAGUACACAUUCUGCAUGUACACACGCAGUGUGAGGCGCUCUCAGUACAGAGCUGUUCCACGUUCAUAUUCCCCAGUGACAAGAUAGCUUCUGGAACUUCUUUCUAGCUAGUCCAAGGUCUCACGUAUGUCCUAUCUGCUUCUGCUCUGUUGCCUUAGUUGGGUGCAUCAGUGCCGUCUGCUGUGAGGAAGUUCUAGGGCAUUCUGAAGGAGCUCAACCAUCAGUAAUUUCUGUGUACGUGCUUCAUGAGAAACUUGAAUAUGCUGUGUGCAGGAGAGUGCACGUGACGAACUCUGCACUUCCUCUGGAUUGACUGGCAUGUGUGUGUAUGUGUGUGUUUGCGUGUGGACUUGUAGUCCGGAAGUGUGUGCACCUCUCAAAGGAAGCACACACAGGCAUGCGUCCCUGCAUAGACGGAGUUGCCUCUUCCUACUGUUGUGCUCAAGACUUGUGGCUCCCUUCCCAGGAAGCAGUCACCUGCCCACUCUGUUGCUUUUCGUAGCGUUUCAGAGUUGGGAGAAACAAAGGCAGCUUGUUGGAGCCACAGCAAUCCUACAGUGACAGGCUGUUUUCCUCCAGAAGAAGGUAGAACAGAAGAAGUGGAGAGCAGACAGAGAAAGCAGCAGUCUGGGGCACCUCUCUGGGUCUUCUGGGGAGAGGGAGCACCAAAGCCAGGGAGGCAACUUUGAUCUGUGCCAGUCCAUGGCCGGAAGGCCCCCAUUGCUCUCCUCUAUGCAGCCCAGUGUGGGCCCACAAACACCUGCUCAGCUGUCUGUUUCACUCCCAAACUAAAGCUUCCUGACCCUGCCUGGAUCUGCAGGACACCAUCAUAAUUCCGAACUGUGUCUCCUGAAACCAACGUGGCCUUUGCCCAAGUCUUUCCAGGAGUGGGUUGUUUACCAGGUCUAGCAAGCCAAUAGACUCUCGGGGGAAUCAUUUUUGGUAAUCUCUAGGAAUUGAUGGCUCUGGCCCAUCUCACACGUUAAAGUAGAAUGCCACUUUUGCACACUAUUCGGAACAAAUGGACCUGGCUCUCGCAGCUGACCUUAGAGAAUGGCCUAGAAACAGUGGAAUUCAGGUUGCUCAUUCCCAUGCCCUUCUUUUACUAGGUGGUUUAUUAUUUCUUGUGACCUGUAGAAGAUUAUUUCUGCUAAUUUACAGAGUUCAGAGGACAUUUUCUUUCCUCUUCUAUUUUGGUGACUUCCCCCUGCCCCCUUAAGCAAGGCUACAUAUAGUUAGAAUCUUUUCAUUGUUAAUUAUUUUUAAAAACCGUAUAUUGUCUUUCUAUAUCCAGAAGAAGUCUGUGACUGUAACCAUAGGUAUUUCUUUUUACUGGAAAAAAAAAUGAGUUUUUUGUUUGUUUGUUUGUUUUUGUUUUUGUUUUUGUUUUUUUUAAUUAACAGUACUAGUAACUUUGUGGAAGAACAUGAGUUACAUUUAGGUAUGCUUACUUAAGUACAGUACACUACAUUGCAGUAUUUCUGAAAGCUAGAACAUACACAUUAUAUAUAACAACUCUAUAUUGAAAUAUAUAUUACAUUAUAUUCAUUUUAACUUUUGAAUCUGCCUAUGAUCAUGAGUAGAUUGAAAUAUUCUUUCUUUGCAUUUAUCACCCAUCACCAACCCGCUGCAGUCAAUCUGGUGCAUUGAAUAAUAAUCAUUACUGCUCUAGUUUGCUUCUUAUAUUAUCAGCUUCAGUAUUGUCUUUACAGGAUUUUAGAAUUUUUUUAAGUUCAGACUUAGCAAAUGUAGGAAAGUAAAGACGUUUGUUAAGAAAACUUUUUUUUUUUUUUUUCCCGGUGUGGCCGAUACAAAGAGGUUCAUAUUCCAAGUGAUCUUGUUUAGCCGACCUUCUCGAUAUCUGAAGAGCAAAAAGAAGUGCAUAUGAAUGUAUCUGUGAUUUUCCCUUUUAGGACUGUCACUGUCUAUAUUUGCUUUGGAAAAUACGACCUAGGGGCUGCUUAACCUACGUAUGAUCUGACCAACAGUUACAGGCUGUCAAAGGGCUGCUCGUCCGAGAAGCUAAGGGAAUGAAAUGCCUAGCUGUCCCAACAGGAUUUUCAACAUUGAUUUUCAUACUGCUUCUUUAUGGACUACUUUCUGUUUUCAGUGUGCUCUAUGAUUAUUUUAACUAGUCUUCCAUGCUCCCCUGGAGGCAGCUUGGCAAUAUAACGUUCAUUUUCCUAGGAGAUUUUCUUUCUUAAAUAAAACCGGAAUUUGAGGAACUUUUUCAUGACAGAGGCUGAUAGAAAUAGAACUGAGAAAUAGCUCAUUUUUUAGCCUGCAGAAUCCAUAAAAUGGUGGCUCUCGGGUCUCUGGCCCUCCGUAUCUCCAUUUGUCUGUGAAAGUGGGGAUUGGGUGCCUUUCUUCUUUAGCCAGGCCGUCAUGGAAACUUCGGAAAUCAGGCAUCCUGAUAUUUUCAAGUAGUAUUUUCAGAUAAAGAGCUUCUCCAGCUUUCCUUAGCUACUCAGCCUGGAAAACUCCCUAGUUGAAUACACUUUACAUCCAUCCUGGAGACCCAACGCCAGAUUCAUUCUCUCAGUUCUCCACUCAGGACAAAAUGACAACAGUUGUUUAUGAUACUCAGUGUGAAAUUCCUUCCCACACUGGACCGAUAUUAAGGCCUGUCAGUAUGAAUGACACCAAUUCUUUCCUUUCUUCUCUUCCAGCAGAUUUUUAUUUCCAAAUCCCAUCCCAUUCUGCUGCGCUCCCCCAACUCCGGCCCUCAAGUCUUUCCCGACCUUCCCUUAUUCAGGCUUGCGGCGGUGCCCUCCCACUCGUGAAGCCUGGUGGACCUAUGCCAGCCUCCUUGAAGGGGCUAACAUUGAGUCUAGUAGCGAAAUUAUGAAUCCGUUUCUCCCUAGUGUUCUACUGAAUAUAUUUCUCCAGGACAGACACAAUUGUGAACUGGGAGUCAGUGAAGUCAGUGAGGCUUUCGCUUUUCCAGUGAUCACAUAAUACCCAAAUCAUAUCAGUCUCAUUAUUUUCCUCUUUCCUUUUCCUAACCGUGUUCCUUUAUUUCUUGUUUCUCUUUAGGACUGCUUUAAAUUACUUUUUCUUCUCACCACCACCUAAGGAAUUCGAAUAAUGAUGACCCCUGAGUGCUCACUGCCUCCCUUCCCCACCCAGUCCUGAAAGUCCUUCUCUUAAGUUUUGUGCGGUUCAAGAGCACUGACGGGCGUCAGCUCACCAACCUGAGACUCGUAGGUGGAGUGAAGAAGCAUGUCUUCACUGUACCUUCAGAUUCUAAAACUUAUCAGUAUUCUUUUGAGAGUGGGAGGACCUGAGUCACAGUUUUAAAUGUCAGCUGUACUGGUGAGGUCAUUAAUUCCUUUCAUCUUCACAUUUGGCCAAAGGUAAAGAAAAAAAAAAUUACUGUUUUUUUGUUUUUGUUUUUGUUUUUGUUUUGUACAGUGUUCGAAUUCCUGAUAUGAGUAGACCAUUUCUGAGAAGGAAAAAAAAAAUUCAUCAAUGUUGACUCUUUCAAAUCCUGCUGAUAUUUAGCCAAAUGACAUAUUUGUCCCAUACUAGAUUUACAGAAAUCUUAACAAGAAGUAAAUUUUAAGAUAAUUUUGAUAAUUGCUGGAGCCUUAGUGAACUCUUUUAAAAUAGGUAAAGCCACUUCCACUAAAGUAGGAGGAAACAACUAUGAAGAAUUUUUUCAUUUAUUGUCUUUCUGAAAAACAAAUAAUUGUUGAUUGAUUUAGAACUUUUAAGAGUAAUUUACUGAGGGAUGAAAAGGUCCAUAAAGGGUCUUUUUUGCAAACAGUUGUUUGUUUUUUAAUGGAAACUAUAUAUAUAUAUAUAAAUAUAAUAUUGCCAAAAUGUUACCCAAAAGACUGAUACCAUUCUGGAUCUGUCCCUUUAUAGGAUGUUCAUAAUGUCAUACCUUCUUUCCUCACUUCCAGCCCAUGACUCUUGCCAGGCCCCAACACUGCCUCUUGGCUCUUAUGAAGACAAAAUCUGUGGCAUUUUGAGUAGCACCUGGUUCUGAGUGCACAGACAUGUGCUCUUUUAUUUCUUGCUUUACCCACUGACAAACAGAAUCAAAAUUUGGUACCAGAAAUGUAUUCUUAAUGUGACUAGGAGGCUUGACCCAUCUCCCACCUUAAUUAAACCAGUUUUUAGAACAUGAACUCACACCACAGAAAGCAAUGAGGUAAAGAGAUAGUUCAAAACCUUCCCGAGUUAUACAUCUAGUAGGAAACUAAUGUUUCUUAAAGCCAGUAUUUAUGUUGGCUAGGGUGGUGGUCUUCACUUGGCAUGUUUUCCCCGUCAAUCCCAUCCUCUUCUCUUCCUUUGUCUGCUCUCCCUCUAUCUCGUUUGUAAAAGUACCCCUCAUCUAAAGUACUCUUCUCCUCAGGCUUUGGCUUCUGAAGCAGUAGACAACUCUCUUUCAAAUCCUCAUGACUAUUGUGUAAAGUGUAACGUGGAGUAGAGGAGGAUCCAGGUUUGACAGGUCCCAUUUGGUCCCGUUAAUCGCAAGGAUUUCUCCAGGAUGCCUUUCUUGACAUUGUUCCUUCUGGUUCCCCAAGAAGAGCUCUAACCCUGAGACCAGGAUUUCUCACCACAACCUCUGCAUCUGUCUAGAUUAAUGUGUCAAUCCUGCUAGUAUCUCGAGACUCCAGGAUGUGAAUUUCUUAUUGCUUAUGAGCCUCCUGCUUUCCUCAACUGACACCUGUCAGGCACACCAAGAGCCCUACCAGUAACUAAUGCAGCAAAAUGAUGGUCAGAAAUAUUAUAGUACAUAAUAGGGAGGAUAGAAAGAGCUUUCGCUCUUCUUCUCCCCCAUAAAAAGCUUGCUUCCUCACCCCACCAUGACCACCAUGCAUUUCAGAAAGUCUGCAUCUCAUUCUUCAGAUAUGUAGUUUUAGGAUUCGCAAAUCUAGCUUAGGAAAUGUUCUGAGACUGAAGCUGGUGGCAAACCAGUUUAUUUUCUGCACUGGACUUUAGGAGAAGUGUGCACAGAUACAAUUCCUUCAAAGAAAGUGAAACUAAUAUAGUAAAGCAAAGGGAUAAUACUUUUACACAUUAAAACAGUUGUUUGCUAUCUGUAAACCUUGACUUAAGCAUAAUUAUUAUUUUUAGAAACCUGAAACUGGAGGAAUGUGUAUUUUAGUAAAGUUUGUUGUCAGUUUGUUUGUUUCCCUUUAUCUCUUUCUUCUCGGGAUAGUGAAAGAUUUUGAUUCUUUAAUUUGAUACUGUCCCUGGCCGUAGGUAUCAGUUAAGUAAUGCCUGCCCUUACCAUAUACUCUUUUCCUUUUAGAAUGAGAGCCUUCCUUCAUGCCAUUAAAGAGUCUUUUCUCCUUGAAAAUCUUAUCUUCCUUUACAGAUAGCAUGAGAGAGCUUUGAGGAGAGAGAUUCUCUCUGCACUUUGAGGGUAGAAUCGUUAAAAUAAAAAUUAUUUCUUGAGAGAAACCCCAUUUACCCAAACUAACAAGUCUGAGGCCAAAGAGUGGGAAUUGAUUGCAGAUGAAGGUCAUAUAUUUUACACUACAAAUCUUUACUGCCUCCUCCAAUUUUUGGAAUAAGGCUAGGAAUAAAUUAAUUUAAUGAAAAUCUGCUUUGGAUGUUUCUUCCUAGUAUCUAAUGCAGAAUACCCAGAAAAGACAAAGAAAAGAUGCUAACUUAAAUGCAAAGUCAAUCAAUCUAUAGAUUUUUAUAAGUAUUCAGAUUUCUGUUCUACUCAUUUCAAAAAUGCAUGUCAUGAGGUCUUAAACAGAGAAACAUCCGCUUCUCCAUUGCUUCUCAUCUCCUCUACUGGUGCUGGCGGUGACAGUCACAGGAGACUGGUGCCACAUCGCCAGUCCUCCACCCAUCCGUACCCCACCACCACCACAAAAUAAGGAUAAACCAAAUUAGAAACUUUUUUUGAAAAAAAAAAAAAAAGGAAACUGUAGUGCUUCAUUUGAAAGCAUACUGUUUUUAACUCAAUUUACAGAUAGCCUGACAACCUUUUUAGAACCUGUCUUUUGUGCUAUAAUUUGCCUUUUUAGCUCAAUCUUUAAAAUAGUUGCAAUUUCAAUUAAGUGAACAGAGGAAAAGCAAAGAGGGGAGACAGGGCAAUGUGAGGGGCUAAAUCUGAUACAGUUCUGGAUUCAUAAAGCCAGUUCUCAGGGUUACCAGGGAAAGCUAACACCACUCACCCUUUACUAUUCUUGUCCACCCUUACUAUUAUGGUCUUAAGAAUUGGUCAGGAAACCUCACUUCUUUAUGAUUUAAGACUUCCCUUAUUACUAUCAAAUCCAUUCAAAGAAAUUGUAUGCACCCUUGACUGCUCCUGUACCUAAUCUGCUCUCUAGGACCCAUGCAGAGAGAGAGCGGAAAAUAAAGUGAGGUUUCAAAUUCGAUACAAGAUUUAAACCUAGUCUAAUGCGCUUUGUGUAUGGUCACUGCCAAGGGGUUCGUUGAAAAAUAAGGCCAGUUUCUCUGCUCCUGCUCUCCUUGGGACAAACUUUGAUUUGGAACCAUCUGUAUAUAGAUUUGUAAUAGAACAUUCUCAAAAGCACUGUCAGCAGUUAAAUUCCUUCCUUAGUCCCAUUGAUUUGAACCUCAGUUUCCCCAAGGGGCCUAUUGAGAUAGAAAUUGAGGGUGACUUUCAUGUAUAGAGUGAAAAUCGAUUUUUUGCCCUAUUGUUGAAAGGAUUGUGGUUUUCAGAAAAAAAAUGAAAGCAGAUUUCUUAUUAAUCCUCCUCAUGGCAAACAAAGGCAAGAAGUUGAUAGGAUAGAGAAAAACCUAUGGUAACUUUAUGUUUUAAGGUAAUUUGUGCUGACCCCACUAUGCCAGACGCCCUUGUUCCUACAAUCUAUUCUCAACUACUGAUGGAUUCUCCUGAGACUUCCCGUACGCAUGUGUGGGUUUGAGCAGACACACAGAUUUACGUUUGGAGAAUGGAGACGCAGACAGGCCAAAAGAGAUCAACUCUUAGGAGUAUCAAAUACAAAGCAUGUCUGCAGAGUCACUUAGUUCUGCCAUAUCCCAAAACAAUUCCAGACUAAUCUUAGGUGAGAAGUAAGCUCUAUAAGAUACCCUACUAUGAAUGUUUUUUUCUUCAGAAUAAUACAAGAAGAGGUACAAUGCAGAUUCUUAAUUUGGGUGUAAUUAUAAUUCACUUUUAUAUUUAAUAGUUGUGCUUUUUUAUGUGAGUGUUUCAUUGAGCUAUUUGUACCAGUUUUCAAUCUGUCAUCCUGAGAGGGGCCUUGAGAAUUUCUGCUUCUGUGUAUGCAGAUCUGUAUUUAUGUGUUGUCAGAAAACAAAGUGAGUAGGGGAGGGGCGAGGGGAGGGAGAAGGUGGUCAGUGUGAAGACGUGAGUGCUCCUAGUGUCCCUAUUUCUGUUAGGUCAAGUGGCUGCUGCCAGAGGCCCUCCAGGAAGAGUUGAUUGCACUAGUCUAAAAUAAGAGCCCGGCACUGUUAAAUUUAGAACCGUGUUUUGGGAAACGGGAGAGUUUUAUCUUUUGCUGUACCCAUUCUCUUUAGCAUCAGAGCCAUUUGACAUGAUGAAAACCAUUCAGUAAAAACCACUACUGACCUUUGCAUUAAAUAGCUGUUUUCCUCUUCUAAACACUACCCCUGGUUUCAACUCAUCUACUUCCCUUUAUUUUCUGCUUAUCGAUUUAACAUUUUCCAGAAGAAUACAUAGGCGCAUGCUAGUUGUUUCUCUUUUUUGAGCUGAAACAAAUAGGCAACAAGAGAUGACUCACAGAAGAGUGAGGUAAAGACUGAAUUCCCCACUUGUGUGGCACUGGUAACCUUUAGUAAGAACUGUUUAGAGUUGAGCUUGGGUCUGUAAUAGGGCUUUUUGUUGUUGUUGUUGUUGUUUCCUUUUUUUUUUUUGGUGUUUUGAUUUGGGUUUUUUUUUUCUUUUUUCUUUUUCUUUUUUUUUUUUUUUGCACUAAAUAUGACUGCACUGCAUUGCACUACUGAAAUGUAUUUACUUGUACUGGGAGAGAGUGUGUGAGGUAUGGGGAAGAAAGAGGCAGUUAUGAAACAGGAAACGUCACAAAAACAGAGAAUGAUUUCCAUCGUGCUUGGUCUGAGCAGGGUUGGUGAGAGUCUGUGGAAUCUGCUAACUCUUGAUCAGGCCCAGAAACUGCCAUGCUGAUAGGAUCUGUUGUCUUAUUAUAAAGAAGCUGGGCUGGUACAGUUAGUUGAAGAUGUUUAAGAAAAAGUUUGCGCAGUGUUGUCUCCAGCUAAGCUUCCGUAAGAGUUGCAAUGGUGAGGGAGCCAGCCGCGGUGAGGUCAAAGCCUUCACCUUGGCCUCCACCACAAAACCCCUUGUUGACGCACACUACGGUGUGGCAGGGGGCAGCGGCAUGUCCUGCUUUCAAAAAAACAAACAAACAAACAAAAAAACAAAACCAACAGCCUUGUCUGUAUUAGAGAUAUCCUUUCAGCCUGAGCAUACUUUUCCAUCCCUGGGUGAGACCUAGAUCAGGCUAACCAAAGAGGAAGGCCAUGCACGUGGUAAAAUCCUUUAAGAUGGCGGUAAGGGAACAGUGCAAUAAACACAGACAACCAGUGAGAUGAAAGGUUUAUUUUGAAACAAGCUAGGCCAACUUUGAAACUGAAGGAAGGGUUGGAGAAUUGAUCAGAACCUACUUACUAGCUGCUCCUUCAUAGACUAUCCUUUAUUAAGCAGAAGACCUUAACAGUGCCUAAAAGUUUAGUUUUGAAGUUGCUGAAUUUUUUCAAUUUUUUAUUGGAUUUCUUUUUAUUGCCUUUUUAAUCCUGAGAAGUAAUUAGCAUGUGACAGCUCUUCAGUGACUAUUAAUGAAAGAAUCAUGCACCACAGGAAAAGCAAUCAAUUGUGUAGGGCACAGUAAGACAAGAGUGAAGAUGCUGUAGAGCUCUUCCAGAAUCCAAGGUGACAGCUUGGAAGAUUACAACGUAUAAAUGGCUAAUGUUGAAUUUCUGUGAAUACUAUCAUAUGUGGGGACAUCAAUUUGGAAAACUGUCAUUUGAGGUCUCUUUCCUAAGAUUACAAUGUUGAUACGUAUCUCUCUCUCUCUCUCUCUCUCUCUCUCCCUCCCCCCUCCUUAGCAUCCAUCCAAGUCUACUAUUACAAGAUAAAAAAUUUGUAAGGGAACUGUCAGCCUUGUGAGUUAGAAAAAAACACCACUUAGGGUUUUCAGAACUAACAUAAGCAGUCCCUUCAGCAUUAUCUCAGUUUUAAAUAGGAAACUCUAAAUUCAGAGCUCUUAACAGGUACUUAGAGAUGUGUAUUGCAUAAGCACUAAGACGGUAUUGACUGCACCAAACCAAAGGUAUAGAAAGAAAUAAUUGACCUUUUAAGAUACAUUCACAUUAACUGUCCUAGGAUACUUCUCUUGAGGCUUUGGGGAAACAACUUCUUUUAUGAAACUUGCAUACCCAUUCCGGUUUUGUCACCAAAGAUUUUAAUCACCAGAGCCUAAUCUCCUCUCUCCCAGACAAAAAUAAUAUGACAGGCUCAGCGGGUAUGCUUUGGUGGUCAAGAGAUGACACUUUGGUUUUCAUUCUGUUCACAGUGGUAUUUACAAGAGUCUUGUUAUUAAGAGGAGCUACUGAACUGUCUUCAUGACUUAGGGUUUGGCCAGAGGUUUAAAAAAUUAGGGAAGAAAAUAAACAGUAAUACCUUGACACUGUAAACUGGUCCUUAAUAGAGUCAUGACCUGAAGACUGAUGGAGAGAAAGAAACUUCCAUGGAAGAGAGUGAGCUAAAUCACAUAGAACCAAACAGGGAUCGUUGGUGCAAUGGGGGACAGUGUAGAUAACAGAGCAGAUUGCUGUUCUUCAUGGCCAGAGCCCACAGCAAUGGCCCGGGGGAGAGUCAGACAACUGGCAAGCAAACUCCAGUAUUGAAAAAGCCAUGAUCUGGGUUUCACUGUGGUUGCUGGAGUGGUUAAAACGCCCAUGCCCAUGGCGAGGACAGUGCUGAGGCUGACCUAUUGUGAUAGUGCCUUUCUUAAUAAUUUGUUCAGUUAGGCUUUUCUGGACCGUUACCCCCAGUCUUCUGAGGAGGUCUGAAGGGAUAGUAUUCACUUAGGAUGAAGGGACAGGAUAUUGCUCCUGGGAUGAUGUGAUUUGAUGAUAUUUGCACUAGAUUCUGAACUCUACUUUAAACUGGAGCAACUGAAUGAGAGAAAAACCAAGGAUGGUUCAAUCUUAAAAGAAACCAAAAGCAGUAUUUUCUAACUGAUGCCUCUUCUUUUUCUUCUCCUUAUUCUUGUUCUUCUCCUCCUCCUCCUCCUCCUUCUUUUUCCUGGAGGCAAACUUCAUACUUGCUGAUUAUCAAGCUCAACUCUUGCCAGUUCUUUUCCUUCAUAUUUUGUUCCGCACGCUGAACAGUGUGAAUUAACCAUCAGUUAGAAUAGUUCAUGUAAAGGACAUCUGUCAUUACAACUUGGCACCCCUCCUCUGCAUCAUCAAGGGCAUGAGGCAGUGAUUGGGUGGGAGGGGGAGGCUUCCUCUGGGACCACCUAGCCCUUAGGAAGGCUGAAAAGCAAAGAUCUCCUCUAGAGAGCUGAGCAGACACCUAUUUGCCCAGAGGACAUUGGAGCCUGUAGUCAAUCCCAAUGAGAGCUUAGAAAGAGAAGGAAACCCGGGUAUUGAAGAAAAACAAGGAAGGUGGUGCCCACAGAUUGCCUGUUUACCCUCUCUCUCUUCUUUUCCACCUCACCCUCCUUUUUCCUCUAUCAGAAUUUUAUUUCAUCUCAUGUAUUUAUGUUACCAGAAGAAUUAUUUGGUUCCUUGGUUUUUCUCUUGAUCAGUGGGCUGGGAAUUCUUCCAAAAUCAAAAAACAGAUACCAUCAGCAGGUCCCCUGCAGCCUACCAGUUUCUCAAAUGCUGUCCACCUGGUCUUUACCCAGUCAGCUAGGAGAACUCAGAAGCUUUGGCUGGCUCAACCACCUGUCACUUUAUUUUCAUUUUGUUUUCAUUUCCAUUUGAAUUUUGAGUGAUCCAGUGGGAAGGUGGAAGUCACAGAGAAGGUUUAAAGGCUGCAAUUCUAGGGCAUAGCUUGUCAAGAGUUUGUCUUACCCAAAAUAUAGCUUUCUACGCCUGUUUUUCUGUUGAGUCUGUUGCCCUGAUUAUAAUUUCUAUUAUAUUUGUGGUUAUUUUUAUAAGAAUAGAGUCCAUUUGCUAUGUCUCUUUGAGUACUUUUUUUCUAUUUUCCCCACAUGGAUGCAGUACCAACCCGUUAAUGAAAUACCUUUUUAUUAUAUUAUUAAUAUGUAAUUCUACUGUAGACCAAAAAUAUAAAAACAAAUUUGCUCAUUUUAAAGAUAUAAAGAGCUAGUGAGUAAAAGAUUAAGAGUUGAAGGAAAAGACAGAAGAGCAGUGGUUAACUAUGUUGAGUUAGAAAUCUAAGAGUAGCCUUACCUAUUUUUUAACCAGUGCUUGCCAAUCAUACCAUAGUUGGGAUUAUAUAGUCUUGGCUCCUUCAUGCUUAUGUUCUCUGAUUUUUGUUUGUUUGUUUUUCUUUGAUGUAAUUGAGGUUGCACAUCAUGCUAUUUUUGGCGAUGCCUGAUUUUAUUAUAUUGUACUUUUAUCAGUCAUUUCCUUUAGAAGGAUGGGGGGAAAGUUUUAUUUCUUUAAUUUAAAAUUUGUUUAAUGCACUGGAAAUAAAAUUGGACACAUUUCACUAUUCAAAAAUUCAAAAGCAAAACAGAACAAAAACCCCAAAGAAAAAACCAGCAACCAAACAAGCGACAGGAAAAAAAAAAAAAAAAAGCUAUGAGGAAAACCACCUAUUCCUACUGAAUACACAUACAAAAUCUAUCUCACACAAAAUAGAGAUUUCAUCAGAUAAGAAAGAUAAGACCUAGAAGUUACAAUGUUGAAAAUAAAGAAGAUGCCUGGGCUCAGUGGGGAGAACAUGGGGCGUUCCUUUGAGGUCUGAGACCUUCCCAUGGUUCCAGUGAAAGCCAAAGGGGUUAAAUGUGGGAGAGGCGACUAUGGAGGAAAUAAACCCAGCACUUCUGGAACGCUCUAUCACCUGUUAAUCCUAUGCUUGGGCUCCAUUGGGGGGGUGGGGGGAGAUGUGCUAUGGUUGGAAAACUGGCUCGUAUAGCAGUAUGGGUACGGUCCACAGCUGCGCGCAGUUCGGUCCUCUGUCCAUGGAGUACCUCACGUAUUUCUCUUCUCCGUGAGGAUUUCAGCGGGUAGGCCCGCAGCAUGGGAGACCGUCCGUGACUCAGAACAUCAACCAGUGCUGGAGAACCUCUAAACUCCAAGCCCACCCCCCUUCUUCAGCAUUUUCCAAACCCAACAGAGCCAGUAACCCAUACAAAUGCACAGUGAGAGGAAAGACAGAGAUAAUUGGCCUAGCCAAGUGACUGUAUCAUUUGUUUCACGUUUGCUGGGUUUUUCUGGUUUGGUUUUGUUUUGGAGUCGGGGAGGGAGUGGAUGUAACUACACAAUCCUAAUACAGUAAUUGUUUUGCAUCUUCCAUGUUUUAUGCAAAAACAGACAUUUAAAUCAAUAACUAAUUGUGCCCUAGACUGAAAGUUAAUGUUUAGGAGUGGAAAAAAAUUGUUGGAAUUUUUUCUACAUUUUUUUGUGAAGAAUCUUUUUUGGAAAGGAAGGAUACAUAUUUUUGUUGUGUAAUAUUUUCUAUUUUUGAAUGCAUUUUAUUGGUACAAGACUGUUUUUUUGGUGAAGACAUUAUUUAAAAAAAAAAAAGAAAAAAACUAAUCGAAAAGUUUGCCCUUAAGGAUAUGCUGCAGUUUUGAGGUUAAAAAAAAAAAAAAAUAACUGAUUCAAGAUGCGUGUUAAAAGUUGGGAUUAUAUUGUUGUUUUUUGUAAUUGUUACAAGAAGAAGUUUGUACCCACUGCUGUUUAUUUUGUUUCAGAUGAGUAAGUAAAGGGAUUGUUCUUGUUUUAUUCUUUUUUUAGAGAAAAAAAAAGCUAUUUAUGAAAUGUCAAAAACACUGGACUGUGAGUUUAAGUGUGGAAGCAUUUUACCACCCUGUGUCUUCGACCAAUUAUGGGAAACCCCUUUUCUCUUCCCCCCUGCCUUAGCCUUGCCAAAUGAGAAAAAACUAGAACAGCUGUCAGAUGAUGCAUGCCACUGAAGCCCUGCUUUAAUUUUUACGGUUAAAAAAGUCAGAAAACCAAAGUUCAAUUUGUUUUUGAAAUCCCACUGUCCGUAGCCCUUUCUUGUAGGACACAGCCAGCCGGCUCUGCCUCUCCGUCUUGGAUCAUUGCCUUCUUCAGGACUGGGGGCCAGCUGUGACGCAAGGAGAAGUGGCAAGGUGGUGAGCCUGAGGGCUGAGGUCUCAUGAAGGUGAUGUGACUGGGACUUUGGUCUCUCAGCGGGCAGCCAGGCUUUCCCAGUCUGUGGCCAGGCUGCUCGGAGGGCACACUGCUCGCCUGGCUGCGGGAGGAGGAAUGAGCCCGCCCACGCCUCCACCCUCUGCUUCUAAGACCCUUCUGUUACCAUCGCUCUCCAGAAUGGCUUUGCCUUUCUCAGCAGCCCACAUUCCAUGGAUGGGCUCGGGGGAGGAAGGAUCCAGUUGAAAGAAAUGGGGAAGGUAGGGCAAGGGACCAUCUAGCACAAGGGAUCUUGUCUGCCUCAUCUUUGAUUCUGUGGAUUGUCCAUCCAUCUGCUCACUGUGAAGACGGAGAGGCAGAGUGCCCUAAGGCUGUUCAAUAGCUUUCCAUAUUUUUUCAACAUUGAAAAAAUAAUUUUUAAAAACUGUGAUUUUUUUUUUUAAUCAUUUGGCUGGAGGGAAGGGAAAAGGGAAACACCAAAAGCUGUAACAUGAUUAACUGGAGAUAUUUAACUGGGGGCACUUUCUAGACCAAGACAAACAAAUUCCGUUCUGGACCCUAAAGCAGCCAAAUCUUGAGACUGUCAAUGACAGAAAGCUGAAGAGAGGCCUCCAUUUCCUCCUUUCUCCUUUCUUCUCUCUGUCUCAAAAUUCUCUCUUUUUCUCCUUUUCCAACUUCCCUUGGACGACUGCCCCAAUGGCCCUCAGACUCCCAUUUCAUGUGUGUGCGCACACACACACACACACACACACACUUGCAAAAUACCAUUUUUCGUAAGGAUUGUGGGACCGAAUAAAAUCAUGUGCCUUCAUUUUUUUCCUUUUAUAGUUAGACAAACCUCUUCCUUUUUAUAGUGCUUAAAAAAAAUAGGGGAGGUUGAAGUGUUAGUGGAGGACUUGGGCAUCAUUUGCGAAGUAAUUUUCGUUUAACACAUUCCCCCUAAAUAUUAACACAGACAUGUCAACCCCUUCGUGAUGCUCUUUGGACAUUUAGAGCAUUACCUAACCAGAUACAUGACAGCCUGAACCCAUUUGACUUUAGAGUGAUUCCUGACAAUUCUUUUUCAUACAAUUCUCUCAUUUUUACCACAAAUGAGGUGAGCAAUGGCAAGCAGCCUUGUUCUCCGGAUUUGGUGCUUUUGAGUGUGGCAUGGGGUGGGCCUGGGGUGGGAGAGUGGGUGUGUUUCGAUAAAAGGUGCAUUCCUAUAGAUCUCUGGUGCUGAAGGGCCUCGAGUUCCUUCCAGAGACUGCAUUUGACACACUUUAAGUACACACAAAAGAACGGUAUCACAUGCAAUAUUUUAAUGGAGCAAUGGGAGAGGCUCUUUGAAACGGGGUUUUUGCAUCUUUUUGUAACAUUUUGAUUUCUCUGGUGCCUUAUUCCUACUUGAUGCUGGCACUCACAUACCCACAGGGAACGGACACUGAAGUCAGCCUGGGGAGUGGGGACGCUGGAGCAAAGCUCGAGCGUGCGGCCGCGGGGGGCGUCGGGAGGUUGGUGUCAGGUGGCGGGGAGGGGACUAGAUGGCAUCUCUUAGCCGAAGCCAAGCGGGAACUGCACAAACCCAUACAAAGUGAACAAUUCCGACCUGCAAACACACCGCAAACCCAUCCUUCCUCAUCUGAGCUUUCCUUCCUUCUUCCUCUUUGAUCUCCGCCUUCUCAUAAAGGUGCUGCUGCUGCUGCUGCUAGGUGCCCGGAGUCCAGAAUGCCCAGUAAUCACUCAGGCACAAGCCUGGCACUGCCACGUCAGCCCCCGGCACGACGAAACCCAGGUUUCUCUUGCUUGGGGCUGAGAACCGUCAGAUUUUUCUCAUCAAAAAUGUUUUCCAAGGAAUCAGUGGAUUACAGUUAUUCUGCAUUGAAAAUGCACUUUAAAAAAUAAAUAAAAGCUCCACACUGUUUAAAAUGUACAGAGGGAGCAGGGGAAAGAUAAACACGUGCUAGUGUAUGAACCCAGUUCAGUUUAUCUCCAGUUGAAACAAUAUACACUAUAUUAUGUAUAAAUGUAUACACAUUUCCUAUAUAUAUCCAUAUAUAUAUAGUGUAUAUAUUAUACAUGUAUAGGUGUGUAUAUGUGCAUAUACACACACGUGCACAUAACAAAAUCAGAUGCUCAUUAUAAAUCCAGAAGCUCAUUACAGAUGCUACACAAACAGCAGCAGAGGAAACAAGGUUGGACUCUUGCAACAGAUCACAAAAAAUAAAAACAGCCACUUGCAGUGAUUUUGGUUAUUUCUGUAUGUUCACAAGGAAUGGAUUGUAACAAGAAAAAAAAAGGAACAGUGUUAGCAAAAGAGGAAAAAUGGGCGCAACCAUCUUGAUCCGAUGGGAAUGCAGUCAUGUUCUAUACCAUUUCAUCUGUUAUUUCUUUUAGUCCUGUUGAUUUGAUUUCAGUUUUUGGCCAUUAAAAAAAAUUCUUUAGACUCAAGUGACCCACAACAAACUGAAUAAAACUACAGUGAAAGCCCUUUUCAAUGGAAGAUGUCAGAAAUCUCAAAACCCUUGGCCUAGCUCAGAACUACCGUGUGCAAAGCAGUACUCUCUUAAUGUUUGAAAUAAAAACUGAAAAAAAAAAAAAAAAAAACUUUUUUGAAGCACCUUAAUGUGGCCAUCCAUUCGAGGAGUGGGUGCCACUUUUUUCUUUGAGCACCUUAUUGACGUGUUUUGCUAUCUGCUGUCUUUCUGUUACCUGUUGGCUGAAUGGCUAGCUGUUAACACACACACGUGCACAGUCCAGACGUCUGGGCACGUGCGUUCUCAAUGAAGUUUACUGUGGUGACUGCUGAAAGGUGAACCCAUUUCCUGAUUUCCCCCGCCACAGUGUUGUGAUAAGAUUCAAAGAAGCCCUCUUCCCUGCACAGAAAUGUUUCUUAUCACAUUGUAUCUUAGUAUGGAAAGGAAUAUGGUCCCUUUUUUGCAAUUGCUACUGUACACACAAACACGCACGCAUGCACACACGUGCACACAUUCAUUCGUCCAAGUGGUAUUUUCAAUGUCCGUGUGGGUGUCACUGUUCACGCAGUAUCUAUUUCCCAGUGAACUUUGAAUGGAGGGCAACUUUUCUAACCAGAUUAUCUUUUCAGACCGAAGACCUGGGAACUGGGGAAGAGUUUGGAAAGAGGGAAAGGCAAGGAAAGAGCGAGCUUUAAACUGAAAGAAUAAUUUCCCAACAGGAGCUUGGGCUCAAUGACUGCAGAGACUGUCCCCUCCAAUCUUUGCAGGUGGGCAUGGAACACUGCUUGUAUCAAUCUGUGUCCCCUAUAAACCCAUGUAUACAGAAACACACACAUCCAUCCAUCCAUCAGUAUAUGCGUGGUUUGGGAUGAGCAGGUCAAUAGUUUUGAGAGGGAGUUUGUUCCUUUUUUUUUUUUCCUCAUUAUACUCUUAAAAUUGUUGUCAGUUAUCAAACAAACAAAAAAUUGUUUUGAAAAACCUUGCAUACGCCUUUUCUAUCAAGUGCUUUAAAAUAUAGACUAAAUACACACAUCCUGCCAGUUUUUCUUACAGUGACAGUAUCCUUACCUGCCAUUUAAUAUUAGCCUCGUAUUUUUCUCACGUAUAUUUACCUGUGACUUGUAUUUGUUAUUUAAACAGGAAAAAAAAACAUUCAAAAAAAGAAAAAUUAACUGUAGCGCUUCAUUAUACUAUUAUAUUAUUAUUAUUAUUGUGACAUUUUGGAAUACUGUGAAGUUUUAUCUCUUGCAUAUACUUUAUACGGAAGUAUUACGCCUUAAAAAUACGAAAAUAAAUUUUACAAGGUUUCUGUUUUGUGUGGAAGAGUAAUUGAUGUUGCUAAGAAUGAUGUUUGUUUUUUGGGGUUUUUGUUGUUUUUUUUUAAAUGUUACCAGCACUUUUUUUGUAAGUUUCACUUUCCGAGGUAUUGUACAAGUUCACACUGUUUGUGAAGUUUGAAUAUGAAGGAAUAAUUAAAAAAAAAAAUCUUC